AUGAAUGAGGUUAUAACAUUAGCUGAUAAUCUAAAUAUAACAGAUUUGGAUAAACCAAUAAUAUUGCUACUGGAUUUUAAUAUGUGUGUUUUUGAUGACAUUUUAGAAACAUAGGAUCUCGCUCAAAUUAAAAUCAGAUUUGAAAAAGUUAUUGAUAAUAUUAAUGAACUAAGCAAAUAAAUUAAAGAGAACAAAUUACCUGCUUAGAUACCAAUUUUUGAUUGGAUUGAUCAAGUGAUGUAAAAUAAUCUAUUAAAAAAUAACGAAUAAUUAAUUUUACCCAUUUACAAUGCAUUGAAUCAAUUUAAGGAUAUUGAAUUAGACAUUGAUCGUUAGAAUUUGGAAAGAGAUUUUUAUUUAAUAAUUAAAUAAACUUAACUUCUAAAUAAAAAGUAAAAAAUGCAGAGGACUUUGUAAUUAAAUAAUUUAUAAGCUAUUCUAGGCAAUUUUAUACAUUCAAAAUUAGGAGUUGCAAAAUAUUGCACUUAAUAAAUUGCUGCUGUUGAAUUUCUAAUUAAUUGA